UGCGUCGGCUUGUCGGCACCGCGACACGCCGUCUACAGCCAGUCGGGCUCGCAGCAUCGUCACCAUCACAGCCACAGCCAUACUCACGGACACAAUCACGGACACAAUCACGUGCACAACCACAACCACAACCACAACCACAACCAGCACUCGUCGGCCAACUCGCAGAUGCACCAACAUGGGCAAAUGCAGCUGUCGCCGGCCUACCAACGCGCCAGCAUGGGCACGCCCGGUUCCAGCAACUCUUCCGACGCCAGUCUGCCCGGCGGCUCGGUGCACAUGAGCCAGUUGGGCCAGUUGGGCUCAGGCGCCAUGGCGACCGGCGGGAUUGACAGGAAGCAGCGCGAGUUCAUUCCGGACGCGAAAAAGGACGAGCGCUACUGGGAGCGCCGACGCAAGAACAACGAGGCGGCGAAACGGUCGCGAGAGAAGCGACGCAUGAACGACGUUCUGAUGGAGCAACAGAUCGCUGAGCUGACGACACAAAACGACCAACUUCGUGAAGAACUGCACGCCCUCAAGCUCGCCUUCAACCUGUCGCCCGAUCUGCCUUUCACGGCCCGUGAAGUCAUCUUCACCACCGGCCCCGGCAACCAAACGCCCACACCGACCCGCAUGCUGACAAGUGCCGCCUCCGUCUCCUCUUCUCUCAGCACCAGCACCAGCACCAGCACCAGCGCCAACGCCAGCGCCAGCAUCGGCUACGACGUUGACACCGGCCGGCCGCUGGCGUUGCCAUCGCGUCGCCUCUCUCAAGGCAAUCUUGCCGCGGUCGCCGAGGCGCCGCUGUUGUCCGAGACAAGAAGAGCCAGUCUGACGGGCGGCGGCAACUGUGUCGGUGUGUCCGGCGAGUCGUCCGGUUGCCCGAUCGGUCUGUUGCUGCCCGGACUGGCCAACUUCACGUCGGCCUCGGCCGGCGACGUCCACAGUCCUCGGCCACUCUCCACCCCCUCGGACAGCCCCAGCCCCGCAGCCGGACUGGCCGAGCUCGUCGGCGCCGGUCGGCUGCCAGUUACCGAGGCAACUGCGGCUCUCACCGCCUUUCUGGCCCGGCAACCGUCGCCCGGCGGACACUGUCUCUCCGAAGAUGCCGCCGUCUCCACCCUCCUCACCGCCAUCCUUCAUGCCACCAGACAGACCGACCCAAACGUCUGCUCCGCAUUCGAAGCACCCAUUGGUGCCGGGCCCAUGGCAACCGCCGCUGGACUCUUCUCGCCCGGUCUGGGCCUUUUGGGUCUCGGCUGCGGCGGCGGCGGUGGCGGUGGCGGCGGCGGCGGCGGCUGUAGCGGCAGCGGGUCGCCUGGCCCCGCCAUCCCCACCACCGCUGCUCCUAGUCCGCCCGAUUUGAUGGCGCUGCAGCGGUUGUUGGUUGCGCUCGCCUCUGGCCCAGUCACCACGACGUCGGGACUCGCACCACCCGCACCGCCUGCACCGCCGACUACGACCAUGUGCAUGACGACGGCGGCCUCUUUUCUCCCGCCUCCACCGCCCAUCGCCUCAGCUGCCUCCGUCUCGCCCGGGCCCACAGGCCAGCUGUGUCAGACGCAGUCCCAACAACAGAAACAACAACAACUAAUGAUGAUGAUGAUGAUGGCGAUCAACGAAGCUUCGACGUCGCCCUCUUCUUCGUCCACUUGCUCCUCCGUCUCCUCCUCUUCCUCGUCAUGCUCCUCCUCUUCCUCCUCCGCUUCCUCCUCUUCUUCCUUCUCCUCCACCUUAUCCUCCUCAUCUUCCUCUUCCUCCUCCGCCUCUUCCUGUUCCUCCUCCUGCUCCACCACCACCACCACCAUCUCCGUUUCCAACUCUUGUCUUCCUCCUGCACUGGCCAAGCUAGACCCUACUCGCGCCGCGGCUGCAGCCCUCCUUCUACGAGCUUCACACGUUUCCGGCUCUGCUUCUUCCGCUCCUUCCGCUCCUUUCGCUCCUUCCGCCGCCUUGACGACACUCGACCCGUCCUCUUCAACAGCUCUCUCAGCUGUUAGCAUGCGAGGCAAGCUGGGCAAAGUGAUCGCCUCUUCACUCUCUUCUUCCGCCUCUUUCGCCUCCUCUUCUCACGCCUCCCUCCUCGCCUCCACACCCGCCAGCAUCUCAUCCCAAGCCCUCAUGACCGGCUGUCUCAGAUCUGUCUCUUCUGCCUCCUCCUUCUCCGCCUCCGCACCGUCCAUGGGCCCAACUGUUCCCAUGGAAACCGGCUCUUACUCAUCCUCCUUGUCUGCGUUGUGCACCAGUGCCACUGCAAAGUUGACACCCUCUCCGGGCCCACACGGAGUCACGCAAAGACGCCAAAGAGGUGGCUGUGAGGCGGAAAGUGACUGCGUUUGCCGGUUUUCAAAACACCCACCCUCGGUGGCGGUGAUAGAUUCUCGCGUGUACAGAAGACCUAACGAGACUCAUGGAUUUGCGGAAUUUUUUAUCGGAAAUGUUGCUGCACUUUUUGAGGCUGUCUGUUGCACACACGCAUCGAGUGAUCGAGCUCCGUUGUCUGAGGACGUGGGACGGUGUCGAAGCUGUGGAAAUUUCACUUGA